AUUGCAAAUUUUUAACAUCAUUGCAACCUCAUUAUCGUUACCAAUUUUCAUUAUCAAAUCACUCAACAAAAACAUACCAUGGCUAGCUCGGCGGUGCUAACUAAAUUGGUAGGCCUAAUCUUCAUUACCAUGCUCGUGGUUGCACCUCAUGCCGCACAAGCCUUAACUUGUGGGCAGGUGCUAAAUAUGGUGAUGCCAUGCCUCGGUUACUUAAAGAACGGGGGAUCAAUCCCAGCUACGUGCUGCGGUGGGGUUAAGAACCUUGCUAGCUCAGCUAAGACCAAACCUGACCGCCAACAAGCCUGUAAAUGCCUCAAGCCCGCUGCUAAGUCCUACGGCAUCAACUAUGACCGUGCUAAUAAGCUCCCUUCUGCGUGCGGUGUAGACUACAAAAUCAAUAUCAGUCCCACUAUUGAUUGCUCUACGGUGAAGUACUAAAGCAGAUGAAAUUCAAAGUGAUCAGGAGUACCUAGAGAUACCAACAUGCACCUACAAAAAGAUAUUCAAUAAAGCGUC